AAGUUCAAGUUAUCAUUUUGAACGUGAUCUUUGUGUCUCUCAAAAUGGAGCUUAUUUGCAUUUCCCCUGCCGAGCUGCUGGGGGUGACAGUUACUCUAUCUUUGGUUGGCACUGCUGCUGCCUAUUUGUAUUACAACAAACCCAAAGGUUGCUUAAAUCCGGAGAAGUUUAUGGAAUUCAAACUUGAAAAGAAAACUCAACUAAGCGCCAACACUGCAAAGUUUAGAUUUGUUCUUCCUACACCUACUUCAGUAUUGGGUCUUCCCGUUGGACAACAUAUAAUUUGCAGGGGAAUAGAUAGCGAAGGUUUAGAAGUGAUUAGACAGUAUACCCCAAUCACUUUGGACUCUGAUGUUGGUUACUUUGAACUGGUUGUAAAGAUGUAUCCUAAGGGAAGGAUGUCCCACCAUUUCAGAGAGAUGCGCGAAGGUGAUUACUUGUCUGUUCUGGGCCCCAAGGGGAAUUUCAAAUACAAACCUGGCCAAGCUCGAGAAUUAGGAAUGCUUGCUGGUGAUUCUGGCAUAACCCCAAUGUUUCAGAUCAUUCGAGCCAUACUAGAAAACCCAAAAGAUAAGACCAAUGUGCAUCUAAUUUAUGCCAGUGUCACAUUGGAUGACAUGCUGUUAAAGAAGGAGCUAGAUGCCUUUGCUAGCAAAUUCCGUAGUCGUUUCGAAGUCUAUUAUGUUUUGAGUCAGCCUCCUGUGGCAUGGAAUGGUGGCACUGGGAAGACUAUAUCCAGGGAAGUUAUUCAAAGCUUUUGCAAACCAGCCCAAGAUAUACAGAUACUGAGGUGCGGCUCAGCAGCCAUGGCAGCUCAACUUAACGCACUUGGAUACAAAUCAGAGAUACGAUUCGAGUCCAUGGAGUGGAGUUGCUGUGAUUUAGGUCAUGGAGUGGUCCAACGCAUUCUUCGAGAUUUCAUGAGAACUUGAAGGGCACUUUGAUUUUUUACAAGUAA